CUACAACUUCACAGGGCUAGAUCGCAUUCACAGUAUGGACGACAAAACUUCAAACAUACACGGGGAUUCCCCUAAGAGAACCUCAUCCCGAGGGCCGCAGCCUGAAGAAGGUGUCGUUGACAGCUCAUCGCAACCUCCCACCACCGCGGCAGCUACCUCAACUGCACCAUCAUACUCACCCAUCUACGCCACCGCGCAACCCAACGAUAUACCUUCCCUGCCCGUGCAAACGCCAGCGCCUGCGCCGGCAGCACCUCCAUCCUCAACAUACACCCCAACACCAACCACCAUGAGCGACGCCCCCAUCCCAAGCUCGAGCACCACGACCACCUCUCCCCCACCCCCACAGCCAGGAGCUCCUCCCGUCCCAGCACCUACAACUUCAGCCUCAGCUUCCGCUCUAGGAACCUCCAUACCUCCACCCCCCAAAACAGGCGAGAUCCCCAAUCCAGCCGCCAUAGCAGCAGGAGCACAACCACCAGCACAACCACCACAAACAACCGCAGCGCCAGCAAUCACAGCAAUUACCCCAUCAACAACAAACUCCCAACCCCCAUCGGCCCUCCAACCACAACAGCAACACCCACCACAACAACAAUUCCCAUACAGCACCACAACGCAACACCAAUACAGCCCCCCAAACCCAGUCCCCACGGCUAUCCCCAACGCAACAACAACCCCCUACGCCUCCCUCUACCAGCCCCCGACCAGCGCCACAACGACCUCGCGCCCGGCAGCGACGGCGACGGCAACGUCCCAACAACUCCCGCUGCACUACGACCCCGGCGUCUCAGGGCGGGUGGAUCUCGACGAGGACGGCGAGGCGGGAAGCAGCAUCGUGGCGAACGCCAAGUCGUGGCUCCGCAGUGCGGGGACCAAGUUGGCCGAGGUGGAGGCGGAGGUGUGGAAGAAGAUUAAUGAUGUGCAUGAUAAGUGAGCCUCUUCUCUUCUCUUCUAAUCGAGAAGGAAUAGUGGGGGGGUCAUGUAU